AUGGCGUUUGAGAUAUGCAAGGGGUGCAAGGGGAUUUUGCCUGUCUUCAGUUGCCUAUGCAUAUCUUCCUUCUUUGCAUACUCGCACAGCAACUGUGAAACUCAGAGCGGGCGAGCACUGGUUGAAGCCCAAGCAAGGCAGCCUCAGGCUAGGAGUUUGUUUGUUUCCAAAAUCAGCUGUAAUAACAGGUGGGAACGUGAAGACCUUUCUCCCGACCGACGUGUUCAGCUGGGAACGACGCAGACUUCAUGGCAAGGAUGGGGAAGCUCGAAUGACAAGAAACAGACGAUCAAGAUCGAAGUCGACAAAUCCAAUCCUGAGGCUGGAGUGAAGGAAGCACUUCUCAAGGCUCGUGAAUCUGAGGCCAUUGCCAAGUAUCUUGGAACGACAGAGAGCAAGCAGAGGGCGGGAAUUACAGGCGACGUCGAGUUUGUGAAGAUGACGGGCAGCGAGUUGACCUUGAGGUUGACGGGGAACUUCUGGCACAAUCGUCAGAUGGUCUUUGACGAUGUAGCCAAGUUCAUCAAGGACGCACUUCCAGCCGGAGUUGUGCAGGAUGUCGUAAUUGAAGAUCCCCAGCAGCUUCAGGGAUUCGCGGAGACCUCGAAUGACAGAGAGCGUCUGACUGAGGAGGACUUGCGCAAGAGAGAGGCAAAGGGGAAGAACAUCUACGGAGAGAAGCUUGAGGGCCCUGCCGCUCAAUUCAAGAGGAAGAAGGCUGAGAAUCAAGCAAAGUAUGAAGAAGAGGUUAAGAAGCAAAGAGAGCUUGAGGGCAAGGGCGACGCUGCUCAGAUCAAGGCGAUCAUCGAGGAGAAGGGGCUGUCAGACUUCUUCAGUGGCAAGGGUGGACAGGCGAUGUUGGACGGAAAGAUGUGA